AUGGAGGACACUGUCUUCGAACCAUUCAAGCAUACUGACCGCAUCCUCACACUCGCAUACUCACCCGACGGUGCAUUUAUAGCUACAGGUUCAAUGGACAAGGCGGUACGAAUAUGGGAGACAAGGACAGGUCGUCAAGCAGGGAAGCCAUUGGAAGGGCACGCGGAAGGGAUUUAUGCGGUCUGCUACUCGCCUGAUGGACGCCGUCUGGUUAGCGGCAGCUACGGGACUCUUCACAUAUGGGACAUCAACACCCGUCAGAUGGUGCUGGGGCCGCUCGAGGGCCACAUGGGCUCUAUUGACGCAGUGCAAUACUCUCCGGACGGCACAAUCAUUGCCAGCGCUAGUUACGACCGCCUUCUCAAACUUUGGAAUGCCCAUACAGGGGACUGCAUCGCCACAAUACAGCAUGCCAAACGCAUGAAUUCCAUCUCGUUCUCACCCAAUGGCAGCUAUAUUGCGACCGGCUGUCACGAUCAGCUUGUUCGCAUCUAUGACGUACAUGAACAUGAGCUUGUUCGCGAGCUUGCUGGACAUCGAGGCCCUGUUCAAUGCGUUCAGUACUCUCCACAUGGCUCCCUCAUUGCUAGCUCUUCAGAGGAUUAUACAAUCCGGCUUUGGGAUGCCUCGACAGGAGACCUCGUCAAAGGCCCCCUUCGUGGGCAUAAGCACUUUGUUUCUAGUGUAUCUUUUACUUGCGACGGUCAUCGGUUGAUUAGCUCUUCUAGCGAUGAAAGCAUUCGAGUUUGGGACAUCAACUCGGGUCAUUGUGUCUUUGGACCGCUGUACGGACACGGGGAGCCAGUCCAUGCAAUCUCCUGUUCGCCAGAUCAAGAACACUUUGCAUCCUGCAGCUCCGGACGCGACUCUGCCAUUAGGAUGUGGGAUGCUACCACAGGCCAGGAAUCCGCUGACCCUCUUGUGGGACAUGAUGGGGCUGUAUUGGGGAUAGAUAUCUCAGAGGACAAGCAUCUCUUGGCUAGCGCGGCACAUGCCGGUCUAGUUUUCAUCUGGGACCUCAAAUCCCAUGAUCUUGCCUUGCCUCCUCUUUCUGGUCACAAAGGCCCCGUGUUCGAUGUCAAGUUCAUUCUCAAGGGCACACGCCUUGCCAGCGGGGGGCGAGAUGGAAGUAUCCGUGUCUGGGAUGUGCACUCUGGUACCUCUCUGCAUGUUAUCGAAGCACACGGUGACCACAUUCGGGCACUUAGCAUUUCUUCUGACGGAUCUCGAAUGGCAAGCGGGUCGGGCGACGGGACUGUCAGAAUAUGGGAUGUGCGCUCGUUUGAACCUCUGGGAGAGCCUCUUGAACACGAGGGCCAAGUAACAUCGGUGUGUUUCUCGCCCGAUGGUUCAAGACUGCUCAGUGGAUGCGGGAGUGGCAAAGUACGUGUCUGGGAUGUAUUGCGAGAAGAGGAGACCACGGGCAUCGAUCACAACAACUUCGUCAACUGCGUGCAAUUCUCGACGGAUGGAUCUAUGCUUGUUAUCUCGUCCGACAGAGCUGUUUGCCUCUGGGAGACCAAAACAGGGAACCAGCUUCGGUGUUUCCAACAUUCGUCGGAAGUACUUGCAGCAGCAAUUUCGCCAAACGGGGAGCUUGUCCUGUCGGGAGGACGUGGUGGUGAUAUCCGCUUAUGGGACGUGAAGACUGGACGGCUUAUUCUGCUGAAGGUCAGUGCUGACACGUUCUUUGUAUGGACCACGCAUUAG